CCCGCUUCCCCAUUCACGAUGACCCGCACGCAAAACAGAGCGAAACAGCUGAUGUCGGAAACCAAUCACCGCGGCACAGCGGAGAAGCAGCAAAACCCCAGCAGCAGCAGCAUCAGCAGCAGCAGCAGGCAAGGGCCAAAAAAGGGGAGCAGCCGCGGAGAGCAUUAGGCGCCUCCUCCUCGUAUUUCCUCUCACGCCCACUUCCAAGAGUGGAGGGGUUUUGCUUUCGGCGCCCGUCGCCCGGAGAUGAAAAGUUAAAGCUGGGAAAGGAGUUGGCGCCGCGCGGGCACAUGGAUUAAUUGGUCUCCUGAGAAGAUUUAUGGUACUGCUUGCUUCACAUUUCUGAGAGGAGAAGGUGGUCUACGAAACUAGAGGAAAAUGCCUAGGACAAAACAAAUACAUCCCAGAAAUCUGAGGGUGAACCGCAAGAGAACAUCACUAACACUGGAGACAAAACUGGAGAUUUUGAAAUGCGUAGAAGCUGGUGAUGGGCCUGCUGCACUUGGCCGUGCAUCCACCCUGGAUAAAAUUGAAGAAGCACAAAAAGAACUUAAUGGGACAGAAGACCAACAAAAAGAAGGCUCAGAAGUUGGGACUAGAGGAACCCCAGAUGCAAUUAAAGGUGUGAAACGGAAGAAGAUUGUAACUGAGAACCACCUGAAAAAAAUACCAAAAUCACCUUUGCGAAAUCCUCCUGAGGCCAAGCUUAAACAAAAUGUAGAGCAACCUUCAUCAUCUAAAGUUCUUGAUGCUUCAGAACACACGAAGACACAGAAUCAUUUACCUGUACAGAAUGGGAAAAAAUGUACCAAACAAAAUGGGGGAACACGUAGUUGCAAUGUAGCUACUGACGAAUCCAAAUCUGAAGUAUCAAUGCAGACAAAACUUCCACUGUUACAUCAAUCCUUGGAACUGAACAAACGGACAGUAGAAGACUUUGAUACAAGCCCAGAGAAGUCCCUCCCUAACUCCUUGUCAAGUAAAACAAAGACUGACAGUAAUGAAUGUGUUACUUUUGUUGAUUGUAGUACUUCAUCCUCGUGUACACGUACAGCAUUUGAUGUCCUUUUAAAAGCUAUGGAGCCUGAAUUGAACACAUUAGCACAAGAGUGCCCUCCUUGUGGAAUGCAAAUAGAAAAACUGAGACCAAAUAAAACUGUAGUAAGCACCUCUUCCAGUCUCACAUCCAGUACAAUGAGUGUCCAAAAUCAUUCUGCUUUGUCACCGCCAGAUGUUGUAGCUGGAUCUCACUGCUACCCAUGCACUUCAAACAAUAUGCACAUAGCAACAUCAGGCAAGAAUAAACAAUUACAGAUCCAAUCAGUUUCUCAUUCUCAAGAGCUUAUUGCUAAAACUGGACAACAUAAUCAUCAAAUUGUUAUGUGUCCAAGUUUCACUAGAUCACUGGUACAUCAGCAGAAUCAAGAAAACCCAAAACUCCAGCAGAUAUACAGUAUAGCAGUAACCUCUUCUGUAGUACAUACACCAUCUUCUGCUGUAGCUCAGGUUUUUCCUCAAAGUCAGUUAGUAGCUAGUUCUUCUUCACCUUUGUCAAUUAAUGCAUCUAAUUCCACACAUUUAUCUAUAGCGCCCAUGUAUAAUUCAGCCCAGAUAGCAUCUGUUGUCAACCAUGGUGUAGAACAAAUCUGUAACCUUCUAAAAGACCAGAAACCUAAAAAACUGGGAAAAUAUGUCUGUGAGUAUUGCAAUCGGGCUUGUGCCAAGCCUAGCGUUCUUCAAAAGCACAUCCGAUCCCAUACAGGAGAACGACCUUAUCCUUGUGUGACUUGUGGGUUUUCAUUUAAGACCAAAAGUAAUCUAUACAAGCACAAGAAGUCUCAUGCACAUGCUAUCAAACUUGGACUUGUUCUACAACCAGAUUCUGGUGGUUUAUUCCUAACCCAUGAAUCAGACAAAGCACUUGGUAUUCAUUCAGAUGCGGAAGAUAGUGGUGAAAGUGAUGAUGAAGGCACUGCUGAUGAAAGACAAGAUGAUCAAGGAUCCUUAGAACUGGAAUCUGCACAAAUAGUGAAAAUCAUUUCAAAUCCUGAAACAACAUUACAGAAAGGUAGUCCCAUUCCAUUAGGCAAUCCAGACUGUGUAAUAGGUGAUUCUUCAUUGCAUAAUUCAGAACCUCAAGUUCGGGCGGCUUUACCUAAAGUUAUAGUUCAUCCUGUAAAUGUUUCCCCAUUAAGGGCCGAUAGUCCAAAAGUAACAGAUUCCACACCUGACCUUGCUGCAGCACAGAGAAAAGGAGAUUUCAAAGUUACAAAUAUGCAGUCAAAUUUAGCACAGAUAGCCUCAUUCAAGGAGACUGAAAUUAGGCACCACCAGAAAGUAGAAAUGAGUUUAUUAGAAGAACAACAUCUUGGGUCCGCUAUAGGAACAGCACAUGCGCAGCUACAAAGGCAGCAGGCAACUGAUUGUUCCCAGGAGCAGCAAGGAAAAUGUCUGUUGAGUCCUAGAAGUUUAGGUAGCACUGAUUCUGGUUAUUUUUCACGUUCUGAAAGUGCAGAUCAAACAAUGAGUCCACCAACUCCUUUUGUAAGGGGAUUGCCAAGUUCUGAAAAAGACUCAAAUAAAAAUAUGACCUGCCUACCCAGAACAAGUGGAACAGUGGCAUCUGUGGUACACACAGUUUGUGCUGAAAAAAAUGUGCUUCUCUCUGGUCAAAUGCGACCACCUAUGGCAACAAAGACACUUGAGGAACGCAUCUCAAAAUUAAUAUCCGAUAAUGAAGCUGUAGUGGAUGACAAACAGUUAGAUAGUGUGAAACCAAGAAGAACAUCUCUUUCAAGAAGAGGAAGUAUAGACUCACCAAAAUCAUAUAUAUUUAAAGACUCUUUCCAGUUUGAUUUAAAACCAAUGGGAAGAAGAACUAGUUCUAGCUCCGAUAUACCAAAGUCUCCUUUCACACCGACUGAGAAAUCAAAGCAGGUUUUUCUUUUGUCUGUACCAUCCCUUGACUGUUUACCUAUAACUAGAAGUAAUUCUAUGCCUACAACCAGUUAUUCAGCUGUACCUGCAAAUAUAAUACCUCCUCCUCAUCCACUUCGUGGAAGUCAAUCGUUUGAUGAUAAAAUUGGGUCAUCGUAUGAUGACGUCUUUGUAUCAGGACCUGUGACUCCAUUGAACCAAGGUGGACAUCCUCGCACUCUUGUUAGGCAGACAGCAAUAGAAGACUCCUCAACCAGUGAAAGUCAGGCUCUUGGACCAGCACGAUCUGUAGAUGAAAAUUACCAUGGAUGUAAUUUGUCUAAUGAACCUUUAACGCAAAGAAGCAAAUUACAUGUACCAGGAACGAAUUUAGAAAAAGUAAAGAAAUCACAUCAUGUACGAGGGGCAAUGUUUGAAUGUGAAACUUGUAGAAACAGGUAUAGAAAACUGGAGAAUUAUGAAAACCACAAGAAGUUUUAUUGUUCAGAAUUGCAUGGACCAAAAACCAAAGCAGCCAUUCGAGAGCCUGAACAUAAACCAGUCCCCAACAGUACACAACCUCAAAUUUUACACUACAGAGUUGCUAGUUCUACUGGUGUCUGGGAACAGACACCGCAGAUAAGAAAAAGAAGGAAGAUGAAAAGUGUUGGAGAUGAUGAUGAGCCACAGCAAAACGAUAGUAACAUAUCAAAGAGUACUGAGGGUCAGAGCAAGGCAGGAAAUUCUUCCAGCAUGUCAAAACAUAAUGCAGCAAUAAUUGGUUCACAUCAACAUGGUUGUAUCCUGCUUCAGAAUUCUCAAAUUCAGCUUGUGGCUCGAGGCACAGAACAAGCUAUUGAGCCCAAGAUCUCUCCUCUGAUGGAAAAGCAAACUGGUUCAAUUGCACAAGAGAAGGUAGAGUUGAAAAGACAAGGAACUGGAAUUUCAGUAAUACAGCACACUAACUCACUAAGCAGAACUAGUUCAUUUGAGAAAUCAGAAUCUUUUGAAAGAGUAUCGCCAGUUUCUUUUCAAGAGGCUGGAAAGGGUGGGAAGAACCAGUCUAUGAAUGCAGUUGCAAUUCAAGAAGAUAGGCUUUCACAUUUGAGCAGUUCCCAGCACCAUCAGCCAGUAUCAUCAGAAGUAUCUAGAGUGGAACUUAAAGAAAAUCAAAUUGCUUCUAAUGAAAGAAGUACGGCUCUGCAAACAUUAAGACUUGUUCGCCAACACAACAUCCAAGUUCCUGAAAUACUAGUAACAGAGGAACCAGACAGAGACCAAGAAACCCAGUGCAGUGAUCAGGAAAAGACAGAAAAAUUUAACUGGCCUCAGAGAAGUGAAUCUUUGUCAAAAUUGCCAACAGAAAAACUUCCACCAAAGAAGAAAAGGAUUCGUUUAGCUGAUAUUGAACAUUCUUCUGCUGAAUCGAGCAUUGACUCCACACUUUCUAGAAGUCUUAGUCGGGAGAGCAGUUUAUCUCACACCUCUAGCUUUUCAGCUUCAUUUGAUAAAGAUGAAGUUUCUAAGACUGAGAGUGCUACCAAAGUGGAUCUUAUUAGUAAAUCUUCAGAGUUCCUUAUGAUUCCUGUGAGCUCAAAUACUCUUGGUGUGCCAGGCCCUCAGUACAGGGAAAUGAGACGUGCUGCAUCAGAACAAAUUAGCUGUACUCAAUCAUCCAUGGAGGUUGUAGAUUACAGAAGUAAAUCUUUUGACUGUGGAAGUAUGUCUUCAGCAAAAUCUACUCCACAAGAGAUAUGCACUCCAAAAUUGUCUUCUAGCAGUGGAGUUACUGGACAUGUACCUUUGUUGGAAAGGAGAAGGGGGCCAUUUGUAAGACAGAUAUCCUUAAAUAUUGCUCCAGAAAACUCAUUGCCUCAAGUUAAAUCAGCUGCUGCUUCAUUUCAAUUAACUCAUACAACAGACAAGUCCACAGUGCCGUUUCACAGACUGCAGACCUCUAGUAAAUCUUCGGUGGAGUUCCCUUCAAAUUCUCAGCACUUACAGACUUACUCCAAGCCUUUACAUGAGUCUCAGGCAACAACACAAAAUUGUCACCCUCUAAGCCUGUCUUUAGGCCAUCAGUCUUUAGGUCCUGUUUUGUAUAAUCAAGGACAAUGGCCUUCAACACAUCAGCAUUUACAGGCCUCCCUUAAAGCGUCAGCCCAAGGAGAACAAGAAAACGCAAAUGCAUUUUUUUGUCAAUCUGUUGAAAAGGAGGAUUGUUUUGCUCCCAAAUAUCAGCUUCAAGUGAAAUCACUGAACAUAGGUCAAUCAUAUCCUUCUAAACAAAUAACAACCACUCUACCAACCCAGACUCAUCCAACUCAAGUUGGUCUGGGCCAGAGUCAGACCUCAUUAGAAGUACAAACUAAAGUAGCUGACAGUAGGUCUAAUCCAUAUUCAGUGCCUCCCCUAAAACAAAUGACCCCUGCCAACUGCAGUGGUCAGAUGCAACAGAUUGCACCAUUUGUGGUUCCUGUUCAUAUUCAUAGUAAUAUUCCAUCCUAUGGCUUUGCCACUGUAACCCCGCUUCCUCAAAUUAUAGUAACCCAGGAUCAGGUAAAUCAGUCUACUGGUAAGACAAAUGUUGUGACAGUGCCAACACUUGAAGGUAAAACCCAGCUGCCAAAAUCUCACAAAGAUCAGAGGGUUUUGCAAAAUUCACAGCCAGCAUCCAUGUUUGAUAAUUCCCUUCCUGAAACUGGAAGCAGAAAUUCACCUUUGUCAAGCUCCUUGAACAUUAUUCAGAAAGUGCCAGUUAGUGGACUUUCUCCUCAACAAGAGGCUACAGCUUCAAGUAAACGUAUGCUUUCACCAGCCAACAGUUUAGACAUUGCCAUGGAAAAACACCAAAAACGUGUUAAGGAUGAAAGUGGAGAUCCUUGCGCAACAGAUGCUAGAUCACUGAAUCCACUGAACAUUAGAGCCAGUGACCUUAAUAAGCAAAAGAAACCAGUUCUAGUGAGACAGGUUUGCACCACAGAACCUCUGGAAAGUCAUUUGCUGGAUCCAGAGAUUGUUCCACAACAUGAAAAAAACAGCAAAGUUAUUACUUCCUCCGAUAGGCUAAUAACGGAUCACCAUUCAUCUGAAGCUGGAGUUUCUGAAUCCAUAAAGGAGUCCCCAGAAUCUGAAAACCUUAAAUCUGCUAUUUCAAGUUUUGUAGUGAGAAAGCCAUCUGAACCUCCUUCGGUAAAUAAUCAGCCUUCUCUUUUGAAGGCUUUAGGCAGCAGUCAAGAAAGGAAGUCCCCUAGAGUUAAUAAUGAAGGGAAGCAAAUUAAUAAUCAAGGCCAAGCCAAACCUGUAACUACUCUGUCAGUGGUAAAUGCUGGAGAUAUGCAACGGCUCUCAUUUCCAAGCCUAAAGACUUCAACAAAUUUCACGUGGUGUUAUCUGUUAAAAAGGAAGCCAUUACAUCUCUUACAAAAUGACCAAAAAACAUCGGCAUAUUCUACUUGGACUGUUAGUCCCAACAAUCCCAAUCCUCUUGGUUUGCCAACAAAGGUUGCUCUUUCCCUUCUAAAUUCAAAACAAAAAAUUGAAAAACCACUAUAUACUCAAGCAAUAACUACUCAUUCCGUAUCUGAUGUAUUGGUCUACUCAAGCAAGUGGAAGAACAGCUUAAACAAGCGGGCAUUAAAUAAAAAAAAGUUGACUACAAGUGAAUUCAGCAAUAAAGAAAACUCUGAUGCAAGCACUGAGCAUGAUAAGGAAAAUUCUUCUACCAAAACUGAACCAAGAAGAGUUAAAAUAUUUGAUGGAGGGUACAAGUCAAACGAGGAUUAUGUGUACGUGAGGGGAAGAGGAAGGGGGAAGUAUAUCUGUGAAGAGUGUGGAAUACGUUGCAAGAAGCCCAGCAUGCUGAAGAAACAUAUUCGUACUCAUACAGAUGUCCGUCCUUACCACUGCAACUAUUGCAACUUCUCCUUCAAAACUAAAGGGAAUUUGACUAAACAUAUGAAGUCCAAGGCACACAGCAAGAAAUGCAUGGAUUUGGGAAUCUCAGUCGGUUUAAUAGAUGACCAGGAUGGAGACGAAUAUGGUGAGAAGCAAAGAUUUGGUUAUGAUCGAUCAGGAUUUGAUGUGGAGGAUUCUGAUGGCGCAGAUGACGAUGACAACGACAAUGAUGAUGAUGAUGAAGAUGACAGCCAAGCUGAAUCAGUCCUCUCUACAACUCCCUCAGUUACAGCCAGCCCUCAGCAUCAUCCAUCUAGAAAUAGCUUGCAGGAGGUCACAAGUGCAGACGAAGAAAUCAGAUUUGCAGAUUGUUUUGCUGGGGUUCAUACAGAUUCUAUGGAUGGUUUGCCCAAAGCACUGCUUACGAAGAUGACUGUGCUUAGCACAAUACAGUCAGAAUGCCGAAAUUCCAGGUCACCAGUCAUGGACCCUCAUCAGGAAGCAAAUGAAGCAAGAAUACAGGAGAGGGCGGCAAGUACAGAGCAUACCUUACCCUCUGAGAUUGCUCCUAGAUCCCCAGGUCAUCAGAUGUCUAUAGACUAUCCAGACACAGUAGCAGCUUUGAGGAGUCCUGCAACGUCAAAUGUAGUUGUUACAAAGAGCGCACACUCCAUAAGACUUCCCUCACCACCAGUGGAUCGAAGCACGCAAACAACAAUAGUGGCUCCUUCUGCAGCAUCACCCUAUCUGGAAAUCCAAGAUGAGAAGCCACAAGAAUGUCAGCGCCGGGCCACAGAAUUGCCAGCUCCUCCAACUCAUCUGUUUAGCCACCUCCCUCUGCAUUCACAGCAACAAGCCAAGACACCUUAUGGUAUGAUACCUGUAGGAGGAAUUCACGUGGUCCCUGCUGGCCUAGCUACAUACUCUACAUUUGUACCAAUUCAAGCCGGGCCAGUGCAACUCACUAUUCCUGCUGUUAGUGUGAUUCACAGAACUACAAGUGCUCUUGCUGACACAGCCUGUGCAGUCUCUGGCACUGCCAAUUCAAUAGGAGUUGCAGAAGUAAACAGUGUUGUGCCAUGUAUUCCAAUAGGUCAGAUUAAUGUGCCUGGCAUCCAGAGCCUGAGUACACCAAGUUUACAAUCUCUUCCACCAUUAGGCAUGGAGACAGUCAACAUCUUAGGUCUGACGAAUACAAAUAUUGCUUCACAAAUACAUCCUUCUGGACUUACGCUAAAUGCUGUGGGCCUACAGGUUUUGACUGCCAACCCUUCAUCUCAGAGCAAUCCCAGCCCUCAGACACACAUUCCAGGCCUACAAAUACUGAACAUAGCAUUGCCUACUUUAAUCCCUUCGGUCAGUCCAGUAACUGUAGAUGGGUCAGGAGCUCCUGAAACACCAGCUUCCAACAAUAAAGCCUGUGAAACUCAACAAGAACAGACUUCUGUGAGCUUUUCUGCAGCUGACAUCAAUCAGAUCACCAGUGCUGUAUCUCCUCAGGUGGCAUCUGCUGGCCAGCAGUACAGUGUAAAAAAUAUUUUAGAGCCUGCUUCAUCACUUGAGUAUGAAAGACUUGAUGGGCUAUGUAAGGCAGACACUGAAAAGGCUGACCCAGCAAAUCAUGUCAAACCAAAGUAUGAUGUUUCUUUUGUUCAGGUCAAAAGGGCUUCCAUGUCAGAGCCCCUCUUGAAGGUGAAUUCUGAAGUUUUAACUAAGUCCCCAGUCCAUCGAACUGUCUCUCCAGAUAGACAGGGACAAAGGUUUACCAGAUUCCCACAAAGACAGAAUACUGUGCAGUUUAGUGAUGGCAGCAGUGAUGAUGAGGACAGACUUGUAAUAGCAACCUAGACUUUUUUUUUUUUAAUAACACUUGCAGGUUUCUUUGAAAACCUUCCUUUCCUUAAAGCACAUUUUUUUCUGACCCAAACUCAUAACUAAUCUUUGUGCAAUCAUGAACUCUUGACCAAUAAUUGUUGUUUCUUGUCAGCUCCAGCCAUUUUUGUACAUGUUGUAUAGACAAUUGUGCCUUUUGGAGUUUUAUGUUUAGAAACCUGUACAGAUUAUUGAAUAUAUAUAUAUAUAUAUAUAUAUAUAUAUAUAUAAAAUAUGUAUAUUAAAACCAGGUAGUUGCUUGUGUUUAGUAAGUACAAACAUCUUUUGUCAGAUGAAAUAAAUGAUUAAAUUAUAUGUUGCACUGUUAAAUGUAAAUUUUUAUGGCUGUGGGACAAAGUUUCUGUGUACAGUUCUAGUAUGUAAAACUCCAUAUUUAUUGUAUCCAUAUUAGUCUUGGGGAAAGGGUCUGUCCAUCUUUCUUGUGUAAGACAGUAGCUUUACACUUAAACAGAAUACAGUAUCUGUGUUAUGAAAUAUUACAGUAAAAUUUUGUUUACUGACUUUA